AGCCCACUGCCAACGCUUUCGAGCAGAAGAUGGCUGUGCCUCCCACGUAUGCUGAUUUUGGCAAAUCUGCCAGGGAUGUCUUCACCAAGGGCUAUGGAUUUGGCUUAAUAAAACUUGAUCUGAAAACAAAAUCCGAGAAUGGAUUGGAAUUUACGAGCUCAGGUUCAGCCAACACCGAGACCACCAAAGUGAUGGGCAGCCUGGAAACCAAGUACAGAUGGACUGAAUAUGGCCUGACGUUUACAGAGAAAUGGAACACUGACAACACACUAGGCACGGAGAUUACUGUGGAAGAUCAGCUUGCGUGUGGCCUGAAGCUGACCUUCGAUUCAUCCUUCUCACCAAACACUGGGAAAAAAAAUGCUAAAAUCAAGACAGGGUACAAGCGGGAACAUAUCAACUUGGGCUGCGAUGUGGAUUUUGACAUAGCCGGUCCUUCCAUCCGGGGCGCUCUGGUGCUGGGUUAUGAAGGCUGGCUGGCUGGCUACCAGAUGAAUUUUGAGACUGCAAAGUCUCGAGUGACUCAGAGCAACUUUGCAGUUGGCUACAAGACCGAUGAGUUCCAGCUUCACACUAACGUAAAUGAUGGAACAGAGUUUCGUGGCUCCAUUUAUCAGAAGGUGAACAAGAAGUUGGAGACUGCUGUUAAUCUGGCCUGGACCGCAGGAGACAGCAACACGCGCUUCAGAAUAGCAGCCAAGUACCAGAUUGACCCUGACGCCUGCUUCUCGGCUAAAGUGAACAACUCCAGCCUGAUAGGAUUAGGAUAUACCCAGACCCUAAAGCCAGGUAUCAAACUGACACUGUCGGCUCUGCUGGAUGGCAAGAAUGUCAAUGCUGGUGGCCACAAGCUUGGUCUAGGACUGGAGUUUCAAGCAUAAAUGAAUACUGUACAAUCGUUUAAUUUUAAACUAUUUUGCAGCAUAGCUACCUUCAGAAUUUAGUGUACCUUUUAAUGUUGUAUGUCUGGGAUGCAAGUAUUGCUAAAUAUCAUGUUAGACUUCCAGGUUAAAGAUGAUUCAGCUUUAGGGUGUUACCCUUUCAGAGGUACAGAAGAAAC